UAAAAUUAAAAAGAGAUAUACACGUUCAAGUUGCCCAAGUUAGGGUUUCUUCCAUCUGUUUUACGAAAAACUGCCAAGUGUUGUUUGUUUUGUUUCUUGUUGAUUAGUUCUAAGUUUUCGCCGUUUAUACUGUGAUUCAGUUUCGAUCACUAUUGAAAAGAAUUGAUAUCAUCUGCUCUGCUCUGCCGGCUAAUUUUUUGAGUGUCCAACAAGUAUAGAUAUCAUGAUGAUGACGACGAUGAAGAAAUUUGUCAUCUCAAAUUCUCGAUUCCUAAGACAUUCUGUUAUUGCAGUUUCUCACUUCUCCACUAACCCUAACCCUAAUAUUCCCUUUAAACCCAAACCCCGUUUCCCUUAUUCCUCUGAUCCAUCUCACGCUCGUCUUCAACAUUUACUCCUUGACAAGUCCAAGGUUGGUUUCGAUAAACUCGAUGACGCUCUUCAGGUGUUUGAUAAAAUGCUCCUUACAAAGCCUCUGCUUCCUGUUAUCAAUUUCAAUCAACUGUUAGCCGCCCUUGUUAAAAUGAAACACUACUCCGUAGCUGUCUCCCUAUUUAGGGAUAUGCAUGUAAAUAGCAUCCCUGUUAAUAUAUUUACCAUUACUACUAUUAUCAACUGUUUUUGUCACUUGGAUCGUGUUGAUUUUGCCUUUUCAUUACUGGCUGGAAUCAUCAAGCACGGUUUUGUCCCUGAUGUGGUUACUUAUAACACUCUCAUCAGGGGCCUUAUUUCCCAAGAUAUGCUUCAAGAGGCUCAGCUUUUGUUCCAGAACCUCAUCAGAUUUCAACUUAUUCAACCCGAUGUUGUUACCUAUAACAUAAUCAUUGACGGCAUCUGCAAGAGAGGGAAUCCUUCUGUGGCUGUUAAGUUGUUCAAAAUUAUGGAGAAGAAAGGUUGCAAGCCUGAUACCGUAACUUACACCACACUUAUUGAUUGUUUAUGUAAACAUGGAUUAGUUGAUCAAGCAUUGGGUCUUCUCCACCAAAUGACAAGGAAAGGUGUAUCUCCCGUUGUUAUGACCUACAACUCCUUAGUUCAAGGUCUGUGUGACAAUAAUCGAUGGCAUGAUGUCAAACAAUUGCUCGAGGAGAUGGAUGUUAGGAACAUUUCUCGAGAUGUUUUUACUUACAGUAUAUUGGUUGAUGCGUAUUGCAAAGAAGGAAUGAUUGAAGAUGCGGAGGAUGUGAUAGAGUUGAUGAUUCAAAGAGGAGUAUAUCCUAAUUUAGUCACUUACAAUUCACUAAUGGAUGGAUACUGCUUGCAGGGAAAGGUUAAUAAAGCAUUAGCAGUGUUCGAAAGCUUGAAGAGAAAGGGAAUAUUGCCUAAUACUUUUAGCUAUACUAUCCUCAUCAACGGGUACUGUAGAAAGAAGAAAGUGGACAGAGCCAUAGAUCUUUUUCAAGAAAUGCCCUCUGAAGGUUUAACGCCAACUAUUGAGACUUACAGUACUAUACUGCAAGGUUUUUUUCAUGCGGGCAGGCAUGUUGAAGCACGUAAAUUUUUUAAGGAAAAGAUGAUUAACCAAGGUGUUGAGUUUAAUAAUGUGACAUGUCGUAUCUUGUUGCAUGGUCUUUGCCAGAAUUCUUAUGUAUUUGAAGCACUAUCCUUUCUUCAAAUACUGGAGUCCAGUGGGUUAGUUCCUGAUAUACAGAUUUACACUAUUCUGAUUGAUGGACUAAGCAAAAAUGGACAUCUCGAGAAUGCAAGAAGCCUUUUUGACAACCUUCCUUUGAAAGGUUUGCGGCCUGACGUCAAGACAUACACAAUGAUGAUCCAAGCAUAUUGUCAUGAAGGGUUAUUGGAUGAAGCAAAUGAACUAUUCAGGAAAAUGGAAGCUAAUGAAUGCUUGCCUAAUGAUGUCACAUACAACAUGCUUAUCCGUGGUUGUUUACAGAAUAAGAAUUACUAUGAAGCAGGUGUACUCUUGGAUGAAAUGCUUGGUCGCGGCUUUGCAGCAGAUGCAUCUACUGCAUCUGUUUUUGUGGAUUUACUUGAUGUGCAAGAACAGGAUCCUGCUCUGCUUUCUUUGUGCAAGAAGUACUUGCCGUACAGGAUGAGCUUGUUUAAGAGAUUUCAAGAAGUGGGGUAUCCGGCCUUGGAGGAUGGUCCUGCUGUUGAAAGUGAAACUAGACGUGCAUGGCAGAUAUACAGCUGCUUUGGUCCUUUCUGUUUUUUUCAUUUACAUGAGCGAAAAGAGUCCCAGCCUUCAAAUAGUGGCUCUUGGGAAAAUGUUGACGAGGCUGAGUUUGUUGUGCUUAUGUAUCACAAGUUAUUAGCUAGAUUUGUAGAGCUCAAGUCGAGCUCUCAAAUUGCUAUAAUAUCUCCCUAUAGAUCUCAAGUAAGCCUCUUCCGUGAUAAGUUCAAGGAUACCUUUGGUGAAGAUUCAAAUAAAUUUGUAGACAUCAACACUGUGGAUGGAUUCCAGGGAAGAGAAAAAGAUGUUGCUAUAUUUUCUUGUGUCAGGGAGAAUGAAUGUCGGAAUUACCAGAGCAAGGUUGUGGGUUCUGCUCUAACUUUGAGAAAAGACGAGCACUGGAAGAAUCUCACCGAGAGUGCAGAAAAGAGGAAUCUCAGCGAGAGUGCAGAAAAGAGGAAUGCUCUUUAUAAGAAGACAAGAAUGGAGAAUGUAGUCACUUACAGCUCACUCAUGGAUGGAUACUGCUUGCGAGGAGAGGUUGAUAAAGCAUUAGCAGUGUUUGAAAGCAUGAAGAGAAAGGGAAUAUUGCCUAAUACUUUUAGCUAUAAUAUCCUCAUCAACGGUUAUUGUAAAAAGUUUAAAGUGGAUAUAGCCAUAGAUCUUUUUCAACAAAUGCCCUCUGAAGGUUUAACCCCAACUAUUGAGACUUACAGUACUAUACUGCAAGGUUUUUUUCAUGUGGGCAGGCAUGUUGAAGCACGUAAGUUUUUUAUGGAAAAGAUGAUUAACCAAGGUGUUGAGUUAAAUAAUGUGACAUGUGGUAUCUUGUUGCAUGGUCUUUGCCAGAAUUGUUAUGUAUUUGAAGCACUAUCGUUUUUUCAAAUACUAGAGUCCAGUGGGUUAGUUGCUGAUAUACAGGUUUACACUAUUCUGAUUGAUGGACUAAGCAAAAAUGGACACCUCGAGAAUGCAAGAAGCCUUUUUGACAACCUUCCUGCGAAAGGUUUGCGACCUAAUGUCAAGACAUACACAGUGAUGAUCCAAGCAUAUUGUCAUGAAGGGUUAUUGGAUGAAGCAAAUGAACUAUUCAGGGAAAUGGAAGCUCAUGAUUGCUUGCCUAGUGAUGUCACAUACAACAUGCUUAUCCGCGGUUGUUUACAGAAUAAGAAUUACUAUGAAGCAGGUGUACUCAUGGAUGAAAUGCUUGGUCGCGGCUUUGCAGCAGAUGCAUCUACUGCAUCUGUUUUACUGGAUUUACUUGAUGUGCAAGAACAGGAUCCUGCUCCCCUUGCUUUGUGCAAGAAAUACUUGCCGUAGGUGUAACGAAGGAGAGAGUUCUCAGGUACAUAAUCUUUUUGAUUUUUCAACUAAGUAUCACAAUAAGCUUAACUAACUUCUGAUAGAUCACGGAGAAGAUAUAAUCAACCUUGAACCUUAAAUUGUAAAAAAUUAAUUAACCCCCCAAAAAUUCAAUUGAUGUCAAAGACAUUAUAAUGAGAUUUCAAAAUAUGGCACCUAGAAGAAUGUCAUGGUAAUAAUUGUUUUUAUAUUAUAUGUAAUGAAUUUGAAUGAUGUUAAUGUUAAUGUAUUGAAAUGUUUUUUUCUCAUCCGUGAUUUCUUAAAAGUACACUUAGCCCGCUUAUUACAGUUCAUGGUCCGCCACUGGUUCUUCCCUUACUUUUGUCUCUUUUACCUCCUUUUGGGGACAUCAGCUCUUCAUUAACUUGGCAGACAUAUCUUAUAUCUAAGUUCCCUUGAAAAUUCUAGUGGAACACAUUGUAGUAUAUCUGUGGAAGAUUAUAGAUAUUUACUUGAGUGUGUGAGAGUGUAUACUCAGUACAUCUAAAUUUAGGUUAGGAUACUUUUAUGCUAGGUCCUGCUGUUGAAAGUGAAACUAGACGUGCAUGGCACAUAUACAGCUGCUUUGGUUCUUUCUGUUUUUUUGAUUUACAUGAGCGAAAAGAGUCCCGCUCUUGGGAAAAUGUUGACGAGGCUGAGUUUGUUGUGCUUAUGUAUCACAAGUUAUUAGCUAGAUUUGUAGAGCUCAAGUCGAGCUCUCAAAUUGCUAUAAUAUCUCCCUAUAGAUCUCAAGUAAGCCUCUUCCGUGAUAAGUUCAAGGAUGCCUUUGGUGAAGAUUCAAAGAAGUUUGUAGACAUCAACACUGUGGAUGGAUUCCAGGGAAGAGAAAAAGAUGUUGCUAUAUUUUCAUGUGUCAGGGCAAGCAAAGAUAAAGGCAUCGGAUUUGUUGCUGAUUCUCGGAGAAUGAAUGUCGGAAUUACCAGAGCAAGGUCUUCUGUUUGGGUUGUGGGUUCUGCUUCAACUUUGAGAAAAGACGAGCACUGGAAGAAUCUCAUCGAGAGUGCAGAAAAGAGGAAUCUCAUCGAGUGCAGAAAAGAGGACUGCUCUUUAUAAGGUUUCGAAGCCGUAUGCUGAUUUUUUCAGUGAGGCAAACAUUGCCAGAACUGCAGGAAGUCCCUAAUGAUGAUAUUGGUUUCGACAUGGCUAUAGAUGUUAAUGUCGAUGAUGGGCCAGCAGAUGUUCAAGAUUGGGGUGGGGGAGAUGCAGAAGGGUUCGACGGAGCUGGAGACGAUGACUAACUUGGGAUCAAGAUUUGGGUGGUGGAGAUGCAGAAGUGUUCGACGGAGCUGGAGAUGAUGACUAACUUGGGUACAGCAAUGUGUCCUGGUUCACUCAGUUACUGCUAUAGUAAAAGCAUUUUGUAUAUUAUAAAUUCAACAAUGCUCAUGCAAAUUUAUCAACCCAAUUAUUAUUAUUAUUUAGUUAUAUAAUACGUAUAAAUUUCAAUCAAAGCAUGUGUGU